AUGGAGGAGACAUGGAGGAGACAUGGAGGAAACAUGGAGGAGACAUGGAGGAGACAUGGAGGAGACACGGAGGAGACACGGAGGAGACACGGAGGAGACAUGGAGGAGACAUGGAGGAGACAUGGAGGAAACACGGAGGAGACACGGAGGAGACACGGAGGAGACACGGAGGAGACACGGAGGAAACACGGAGAAGACAUGGAGGAGACAUGGAGGAGACAUGGAGGAGACACGGAGGAGACACGGAGGAGACACGGAGGAGACACGGAGGAGACACGGAGGAGACACGGAGGAGACAUGGAGGAGACACGGAGAAGACACGGAGGAGACAUGGAGGAGACACGGAGGAGACACGGAGGAAACACGGAGGAGACACGGAGGAGACAUGGAGGAGACAGUGGUUCCCCCAAUGUUCUGCUGAUGUGUGAGGUCAUGAGGCCCGAGGUCCCUACAGCUGCAGACGUUGGUAAUGAGGCCCGAGGUCCCUACAGCUGCAGACGUUGGUAA